CAAAUGGAGUACGAGUUUGAAGGAUAAAGAAGUCAUUUGAGUGCCCCUGCUUCUGAGGCCACUACCUCUCUCCACUGAGACCGCAUUUAAUACAUACCAGUCUUUUCCUAACCUUUUCCUAAUUUUCAUGUGCUGAUUUGUUUUGCCUCGGGGCCCUAUAUUCUCUCUGCCUCAUCCGGCGAUCUCACCAGUCUUCAUCAUCUCUCAGCAUCUACCAAUUCACCAACUCGUACAUAUUGCCGGCAAGUUUCUCUCUUUCAGUUGUUCCCCUUUUUAUUUCCAUAAAGCUUUGUCCUUUAAGUUGUGUAGCUGAAGUUUUCUUUAUGAAGUUUAAAGCAUUGCUCAAGAUGUAAUUGAGGGCUAGUGAAUUUGGUGUUGUGUAUAUGACGUUGAGGGAUUAAGUGGGUAAUUGGUGGAUUUUGGGCCCUGGGCAGCUGUUGUUGAGCUCCAUGGAUAUGUUGAGAGAACAAUUUCCAGCAAUUUAUGGGUUUGUUGUGUUGUAGCUGUUAAGUAAUUGUUUCUUUGGUAAAAUAUAUAGUUUAAUCUCUGAGUUCUUUUUGGUUCCUAUUCAAUUGGGUAUAUUUGUAUCUGGUGGAGGCAUUGUAAUAUUUCUGGGUUUUUGGUAUCUUGAUCUAUGGAGGCCGAAUUUGGAGGCAAGGCUCAUAGUUACUAUGGUAUGAAGGCAGUUGGAAAAAAGAGUUUCGAAUGGGAUUUGAAUGAUUGGAAAUGGGACGGUGAUCUUUUUACUGCUAGUCCCUUGAAUUCCGUACCAUCUGCUUGUAGGAGUAAGCAGUUGUUUCCGGUUAGGCCAGAAACUCCCUCCAAUGCUGGUUUGUCCAACAGUUCUUCUUCUGGAUCAGACAAUAUCAGUCCGGGGAAUGAGAAAGGUAAAAGAGAACUGGAGAAACGGAGAAGGGCUGUUUUUGUGGAAAACGAAGUUCAUGAUGAAGCUGGUUCGCUUAAUCUUAAUCUUGGUGGGCAAGCUUACCCCAUUAUGGAAGGAGAGGUACAGACUGGGAAGAAGACAAAGAUAGUUGGGACUACUUCAAAUUGUGCUGUUUGUCAGGUGGAGGACUGUAAGGCUGAUCUUAGCAAUGCCAAGGAUUACCACCGACGGCAUAAGGUAUGUGAUAUGCAUUCUAAAGCGAGUACAGCACUGGUGGGAAAUGCUAUGCAGCGGUUCUGUCAACAGUGUAGCAGGUUUCAUGUUCUUCAAGAGUUUGAUGAAGGGAAGAGAAGUUGUCGCAGGCGUUUGGCUGGCCAUAAUAGGAGGAGAAGAAAAACACAUCCUGAUACUACAGCUAAUGGAGGUUCAUUAAAUGAUGAAAGAGGAAGCAGUUAUCUAUUGAUUAGCUUGCUGAGAAUACUCUCCAAUAUGCACUCUAGCAGUUCUGAUCAAACAAAAGAUCAGGAUCUGCUAUCUCAUCUACUGAGGAGCCUAGCCAAUCUUGCUGGUACGGCGGAUGGAAGAAACAUAUCUACAUUGCUGCACGGAUCUCAAGGUUUAUUUAACAGUGGGACAUCUGUCCAGACCACAAAGGUGCCAGAUAUGGAUGAUGGUGUUAAUCUUGAGGAUUUAAGGCCUGUAGGACAGUGUUCAGUAGUACCUGCAUCAGAUAUGUUAGAGAGGAGAAUAUCUUCAGUUGAUGAUCCUGGAAGUCUGCAAGUUCUUUCAGGUCUACAGGCCACUGAGCCACUACCCUCAAGAGACAGUUCUGAAUCAAAAUCAGUUACACCGGAAGCUACAAGUAGAAGGUUCCAGUUAAAUGGCAUUGAUUUAAAUAAUACAUAUGAUGAUUCACAGGAAUAUUUAGAGAACCUAGGGAAUUCUCAUGUUCCUGCAAGUCCAGGGACUGCAUCAUGGCUGCAGCGCGAUUCCCACAAGUCAAGCCCACCUCAGACAAGUGGGAAUUCAGACUUAACUUCUACUCAGUCACCAUCAAGUUCCAGUGGAGAGGCUCAGAGUCGCACAGAUCGAAUUGUUUUUAAACUCUUCGGAAAAGACCCAAAUGAUCUUCCAUUCAUUCUGCGAUCACAGAUCCUCGACUGGUUAUCCCACAGCCCUACAGACAUUGAAAGCUACAUAAGGCCGGGCUGUAUCAUCUUGACAAUUUACCUUCGUCUAGAAAAUUCCACGUGGGAGGAGCUCUGUUGUCAUCUGGGUUCCAGUUUGAAAACACUUCUAGACGCUGCCGAUGAUCCAUUUUGGAGAACAGGAUGGGUGUAUACUAGGGUGCAACACUUUGUAACAUUUACGUACAAUGGUCAAGUUGUCUUAGACACACCCUUACCUCUUAAAAGCGAUAAGAGUUGCAGGAUAUCAUACAUCAAACCAAUUGCAGUCUCUGUAUCUGAGAGGGCUCAGUUUGUAGUAAAAGGCUUUAACCUUUCUCAUUCCGCCACAAGGUUACUCUGUGCUCUAGAAGGGAAGUAUCUGGUGCAAGAAACUUGUUAUGACAUGAUGGAUGGUGUACAUACAACUGUUGAGCAUGAUGAGCUGCAGUGCCUCAAAUUCUCCUGCUCUAUACCAGAUGUUACUGGGCGAGGAUUCAUUGAGGUUGAAGAUCAUGGUCUCAGCAGCAGCUUCUUUCCCUUUAUAGUUGCAGAGCAGGAAGUAUGUUCAGAAAUUUGUAUGCUGGAGGAUGAGAUUGAGGUGCCUGAAAGUGCUGAUGCUGAAAAAUUGGAAGCCAAGAAUCAAGCCUUGGACUUUAUACAUGAAUUGGGUUGGCUCCUCCAUAGGAGUCGAGCUAAGUUUAGACUUGGUCACUCGGAUCUGAACCUGGAUCUAUUUCCUUUUAGCAGGUUCAGGUUGCUUAUGGAGUUUUCGAUUGAGCAUGAUUGGUGUGUAGUAGUGAAGAAACUCUUGGGCAUUCUGUUUGAGGGUACUGUCGAUGCUGGAGAACAUACUUCCGUUGAGUUUGCGUUAUUGGAUAUGAGCCUCCUCCACAGAGCUGUGCAAAGAAAUUGCAGAUCUAUGGUAGAGUUCUUGUUAAAAUUUAUCCCAAAUCAAGGUUUAACAGGAUCGGAGCAGAAGCAACAAGUUGACAGGGAUGGCAACAGUUUCUUGUUUAAACCUGAUGCAGUUGGGCCCAUGGGGUUGACUCCUCUUCAUGUUGCUGCCAGUGCUGAUGGCUACGAGCACGUAUUGGAUGCCUUAACUGAUGAUCCUGGAAAGUUGGGAAUUGAAGCAUGGAAAAAUGCUCGAGACAGUACAGGAUUGACACCAUAUGAUUAUGCAUGCCUCCAAAGCCGCUACUCCUAUGUCCAUCUUGUCCAGAGGAAAAUCAGCAAGACAUUAGAAAGCGGGCAAGUGGUGCUUGAUAUCCCUGGUGUUAUCUUAGACAGAAAUGGCAAGCAGAAGCAAUCUGAAGCGUAUAAACCAUCAAGAGUAGCCAGCUUGGAAACUGAAAAGAUUGAAAUGAAAGUGAUACUGCGACAUUGUAAGUUAUGCGCACAGAAACCAGCUUAUGGCAACACAAGGUCACUAGUCUACAGGCCGGCAAUGCUGUCAAUGGUGGCCGUUGCUGCUGUCUGCGUUUGUGUAGCCUUGCUCUUUAAAAGCACACCGGAAGUUCUUUUCGUGUUCCAGCCCUUCAGGUGGGAACUGUUGAAGUAUGGCUCAAGCUGAGGUAGACUUGCGUGUGUUUAUUCUUAGUGACUCUGGUUAUAGGCCGUUUCUUUUGAAGUACAUAGGAGUAUUGACCGAUGAAAUAGACCUGAAAUUAGCCUUUUCUGAUGUAUAUCUGAGCUUCCGCAAUAAACAUGGGCUUUUGGUGAUUGCCCACCAGGUUUUAUUGUUAAGACAACCAACUUUUGCUUCCCCUAUCAUUGUAUGUGAACAACAAUACCGUUACAAACUGGUUAGCACAUAAUUUAUAUGUUUUGUUUUCUUUUUCAAAAUAAAGCAUUCAGGUGAUUUCCCUUGGGACGGUA